UAAGCAAUUUGCAUUUGUUGGUAUUUCCACUCGGCAUUCAUAAAACAAUUUUUUUUAAAGUACAUUCGUUUAUUUCCAGUAAUCAAAUUAUUUAAACAUAAUAUUAUAAAGGGUAUUAAAACCACAAUCAUAUAAAAAUGAACCAUUUACUAAAACUUAGCUCAAGAAUAAAUUUUUAUGGAUUGACCAAGCCUUUGCAACCAGUAAUAGGCAAAAGAGAUUUUGCCCGAACACUGUGGUACAUGUGCAAAUCUCCAGUGAAUGUGACAAGCUCAGAAAUUAAGAACAAUUCAUCUAUUAAAAAACCAAGUCUUGUUUGCUCUUGCGGAUGUGGUACAAGGAAUGCACAUUCAAAAAGUGAACGUGAAUUAGUGGAAUUCUUGACCGAAGAAAUAGUUGCUGAGAAGAAAGGUCUAAAAAUGAAAACAAUUCCAGCGGAGCUUGAUAGUUUCAAAGUAAAAUUGAAUGGCGCUGAAGUUGAAUUAACAAAACAGACUGAUAAAGAAAAGAUUGUUAUUUCUUUCAAUAUAAAUCACACAGUCGAUGCUGAUGAUGAAGCUGAAGUUGAUCCACGAGCGGACAAUCCAAAUUUCGCUGAAAUGCGUAGUAAACCACAAUUUGAAAUUGAUAUAAUAAAAGGAUCCACCACCCUUUCAUUUACUUGUUCAUUUUUACAAGGAACGCCACAAGAAGGGGAGUAUAACGAUGUUUUUGGAAUCGAUGAAAUAACAAUUUAUAAUGGUGAAUGGAAUGAUAAAGUCUAUGCAGUUGCAGGAGAUGUUUUGGACGGGUACUUAUAUGAUUUAUUAAUGAAUUUGUUAGAAGAAAAAGGUAUUAGUAACGAAUUUGCAGAAAAACUUUCUGAUUUAAGUACAGCAUAUGAACAUUCAUCAUACAUAGCUUUAUUAGAAAAUAUUUCAAAAUUUACAACUGGAAAAUAAUUUUUAUUUGUUAGAUAUAAGUAAGCUUUAAAAGAAAUUAAUAAAUAAGUUUAAAAAUACACAAUUUUUGUAGAACAUUUUAUAUGGUAUUAUAACAAAAAUUAAUUAAAAACAACGAAUUUAAUUUUAUUAAACAUUGAGACAAAUACUGUGU